CCACCGUGUAUGCCAAUCUCAUACUUCACCUUUAUUAUAAGAUACAUUGUCCACUUGCCGACCGUAUCAAUGAUACGGCGAUUUUUCAUUCUUGGUCAGAAACGGUAAGAGCUAAAUCAACUUGCAAAAUACCAUCUUCUCGGCACUUCGCAAGCGAAGAAUUACAUAUCCUUACAAGCAUCCGCGAUCCCAGCCACAAUGGCACCAAGCGAGGAAUCAAAGGCGCUCGCCAAGCUCUUCGCCCUGAUCAAAGAGAAAGUGCCUGAAGACCCCUAUCUGGCCCGAGUCCUUUACGAUCAAGUCCACACAGUAGCCACCGAAGCUCCAGGAGUAAGCUAUGAGAGUGUGACCGUAGCAGGUCGACCGGGCAUCUGGAUUCUCCCCAAAGACGCCUCGCCCAAGCACGCAAUCCUGUUCAUGCACGGCGGCGGUUACACCAUGGGCUCGCCCUGGGGCCACCGAAAGCUUGCGGCUCACUUGGCCAAGGAAGCCAACUGCCGUGCACUCAGCAUUGACUACCGCAAGACGCCAGAGCACCCGUACCCGGCACCGCUGGAUGAUUGUGUAUCGGCGUAUGGAUAUCUGUUGUCCCAGGGCAUUCCGGCAAGCAACAUCGUGACGGCGGGUGACUCGUGUGGAGGUGGCUUGGCCACGACCGUGAUCCUGGCGGCGGUCAAAAAGGGUCUGCCAAUGCCUGCCGCUGCCGUUGCUCUUUCUCCUUGGUACGACAAGGGAUUGUCCGGAGAGUCCAUGAAGACUAAUGCAGAAGUUGACGUGCUGGCUUCGCCUGGCGCCAUGGAAAUGUUGGUCUCGCGCUAUACUGCAGGGAAAGCUGAUAUCAAGGAUCCGCUCAUCAGCCCGAUCUAUGCCGAUCUGAAAGGUUUGCCGCCACACUGGAUCUCCUGCGGUGGUCACGACACAUUACGAGACCAAGGCGUUGAGCUCGCCGAGAAGGCGAAACAGGCGGGUGUAGAAGUUGUGCUCAAGGUGGCGGAGGGACAGCAGCACGUCUUCGAAUUCAUGGUCGGCAACGCUCCUGAAUCGACAGAGUCUGUCGCAAACAUUGGUAAAUGGAUACAGGAAAAGACAGGCAGUGGCGCGUGAACACCGAUGUUGGAACCCAUUAUGGUGUCUCAUUUCUCACUUAUGAUCAUACAGAGGAUGAAAAGCUCCACUCAUACGUGAGCUCAUUAUCUCAACAUAUCCUGGAUGCUUUGGCCUGUGACGUCUUCCAUCUGCUUCAUCCAUCGUAACGUCUCGCGUUCCACUUGACCAUCAUCGUCCUCCUGGAGCUCGU